GAAGAAAAGGAGCAGAGAGCCCCGGACUUGGAAAUCUCAACUAAUCCAGCUGAAGCAGAGUCACCUGUUCUCUUGCCAUGGCUGGUCUCAGAGAGCAAAACAGUGCGAGGAGUUCUGUGAAAUGCUGGGAGCUGAUUCCUGCUCUGCGUCUGCCUAGAACUGAAGCCUCACUGGCCACACACACACACUGCACACCUCUGCACCACCAACCACAGAGAGGUGUUCCUUGACAAGAAAUGGGCAUCAGAGACCAAACCCUCUCCUCCUUUGAAGCUGCAGGUUGACCGUGCAGGGAGCAGACUACAGCUUCUGUGAGUUGCUGCUGCUGCUGCUUUCGGAAAUGUUGUUGCUGGCCAAGUAUCUCCUCUUGUCCUCCACAGUGUUACAUGCCCAACCAUCACUGCAUCAGAUGCCGAGGUUUGAGUUUGUGGAAGUUGGGAGCAGAGCAAGGAUCUCAUGCACUUCUGAAUUUAACAUCAAAGCUGAAGGAUCAUCAUUCAGCUGGUACAGAAGAAGAAAGGAUGAGAUUUCCCUUUUAAUGGACAGUUGCAAGGAUGGUGAUACUGACGGCAAAUUUGCUUGCAAAGUGGAAGGACACAAGCUGACAUUGGAAAUCUCCAAUUCUCAGCCUGCUGAUUCUGGCCUAUAUUUCUGUGCUCAGGGAAUCCGGAAUUUGUUUUUCAGCAGUGGGACCACUUCACUGAUUGUUGGAGACAGUUACACCCCGAGCACCCGGGUGAUACUUUUGCUCCCAUCUGCUCAUCCAACAUCCAAGUCUGUGCAGAGUGACCGUCUUGCUUGCGUGGUCCAUGGAGCAUCCAACUUGGUCCAGGUGUCCUGGAGCAUCUCUGGAGAUCUUUGGGAAGAGGAACAGACAUUUUUGGCGAGAACCAGCAGCGGCUCCUUAACCUUCAUCAGUCUCCCUUCUCUUCCCAUGGACUCACAGAUGAGUGAGAAAAGCUACACAUGUGAAGUCAGGUUCAACUCUUCCAACACCACAGUGAAAAAGAGCAUCAGUUUCCCUACAGCUCCCUCUGCAGACCUGAAGGAGAAUUGCCUGAACUACGCAGUAACUGUGGCUGUCCUCGGCGUCUCGGCCUCCCUGCUGCUUCUCCUGAGCUGUCUGUGGUCUCAGCUCUGUCCUUCCGGGCCAGCUUCACCUGCAGGAGCCAAUCACAACUUCCUGAGCAAUAAAGUGCCUCCAACUGCCAGGGCCAUGUGGAUGUUGCUGCUGCUUCUUCUUGUGAGUUGCCUUUGGAUCCGGCUGUACUUCCAUCCCAACUGAGUUUGCAUCAAAGAAUCAGGACAGGAACAAGAGGAGUCAUGCAUUGCAAGGGAAACAUUGAUAGAUUGGGAGGACCUCGGAAAAGCCAGGAGACGGUCAAACGGUAGAUGAUUCUUGGGAUUGAAAGCAGAGUGGAUCAGACAGAAGGCCAGUUCACCACCACCGCCACACACACACAAACACACACACCAUAGUAGAUUCAGCUUGGUCAUUAAAGUAAGUUAGAAAAUAAGGCCAUGGAUGCCAUUAGUACAGAAAAAGUCGUGCUUAAUGCAAGCUUCAACAUUUAGCAUGUUCAAAGAUGAUAAACUCUGGACUUUGCUUUUC